GAAUUGGAAGGGUCUACAUGCCUUUUUCACAAGGGCACAACACUGGAGCACAACACAGUCUUAGUAAAAACCAUCACGCUUUGUCGUACACAGAUUUUCGGUAAAGAAAAAUGGCGGACAUCGAAGCCACCGAUGCUUUUUGCCACGCAUCGCAGAAACCUGGCAUGACCAGCGCCGAGGUCCUUCGGUACUACGAUAACUGGGCAGAGAAGUACGACAAGGACCUGCAAGAUCUGAGCUACAACGGUCCCCGGCAAUGUGCAGAGGCUCUAGCUGAGGUCCUGUCAGGUAACAAGGCCGCACGGAUCCUGGAUGUAGCAGCCGGGACCGGCCUGUGUGCGACGGAGCUGCUGAAGUUGGGUUAUACCAACCUGGAUGCGAUUGACGGGAGUCAGGGUAUGUUAGACAUCGCCAAGUCCAGGAACCUGUACCACAGGUACAUCUGUGACUUCCUGGGGCCACGCCGACUCGACAUAGAAGACGAUCACUAUGAUGCAGUCGCCUGCUGUGGCGCGUUCAGUCAAGGUCAUAUGAAGGACGACUGCUUCCCUGAGCUCAUCCGCAUCGUUAAACCGGGCGGUUUGAUCUGCAUCGCAAUGCGGGAAGAGUUCCUGCACACUGUAGAGGCGUACAGGGGCAAACUGGAGCCCGCCAUGGUGGCUCUGGAAGACAAGGGGUGCUGGGAACAAGUGGCACGUGACAUCGUUCCCAAGUACUACCGAGAAAAAGAUGGUGUCAUUUUUAUGUAUAGGGUGCUUGUCUGAUCGUAGAAGUUCUAUUUCCCCUAUGUUAAUCUACAUGGAUCCCGCAAAGCGAGAAGCUUCGACGCUUCAAAAAUUAUAGUAGGAUGCACAAGAAAGGUACUCUACACAAGUCGAGUAUGUAUGAGUUCAGUGCAUGAUCUAAAAAUAUGUGAAUAGGAACUAAAAGUCACCCACCCUUUCCCUUUUAACGCCCUGUUUUAUGUGGCGCUAAGCGGAGGUCAUGAUCAUGUGAAUUUUAGCCAACGAACAACAGUAGGUGGUAACAGUAUCCAGGCGAAAAUAUACGCCAGCCGAAUAAAAGUCAUAAUCCAACUUAAUAAAACAGUCUCAAAACUGACUCUACCGUAU